AUGGAUCAGAUGAUGGGUGACGGGGGCCGAUUCCCCCUUGAGACGUGGUUCUGGGAAAUGCCCAUAUGCACCAGAUGGUGGACGACCGCUACCGUUCUGACUAGCGCUCUCGUUCAAUGUCAGAUGGUCACUCCCUUCCAGUUAUUCUACAGCUUCCGCGCCGUCUUCGCCAAGUACCAGUAUUGGCGUCUUUUAACAACAUUCCUCUACUUCGGUCCCUUUUCGCUCGAUCUACUAUUUCACGUCUACUUCCUCCAGCGCUACGCACGACUCCUCGAAGAGUCCUCGGGUCGCUCACCAGCACACUUUUCAUGGUUGCUUGUUUACUCCAUGGCGAGCCUACUUCUCUUGUCGCCACUGGUCUCGAUGCCGUUCCUGGGCCAUCCACUCUCGUCAACACUCGUCUACAUUUGGUCACGGCGUAACCCGGAUACCAGGCUCAGCUUCCUCGGCCUGCUUGUCUUCACAGCCCCCUACCUACCGUGGGUUCUGAUGGCAUUCAGCCUGGUCCUUCAUGGCUCUAUUCCAAAGGAUGAAAUCAUGGGCGUGGUGAUCGGGCAUAUCUGGUACUUUUUCACCGAUGUGUACCCACCUUUGCACAACGGGUCGCGCCCGUUCGAUCCUCCAAGUUGGUGGAGGCGGCUUUUCGAGAGACGGCCGGCGGAGGAGACGGCGGACGGCAUCAACAACGAGAUUGCCAUUGCCGGGGGGCCGGAGCUCGCUGCCGAUGUCCGAUGA